CUGCAACAAGCACUACGAUACCAAGGUAGUCGAGUGUGCUCCUUUCAAAGCGACUGGAGUCUGCCCCACCGGGCCAAUAAAUAAGACACCAUCUCACAAUGCCGGAGAACCAUGUACAAGUGGCUGUCCAUCGUAAGUAAGUGCGUCUCCAGAAUCCCUGCUUAGUCAUGAUACUGACUAUAGAUGCAGAGACUAUGCCUCACAUCUCUAAACCGCAUUUCGAAGGCGGCCCCUUGGAAUCCUUCACCCGACGUCCGACGGGACUAGUUGGGUGGAGCAGGAUAUUUUUUGUGGGCAUCCGUGCAGAUGAGGUGGUUUAGGGCUAGAAGGGAAUUUAGGACAGGGUCGGAAACCUGAGGUGCAAAGAUUGGUCAUUCAUGAACCGCUGCUGCUGUAAUCAUACAAGCAUACUUGGGAGUUUCAUGGGACGAUAUCUCAUUUUGUUGUUAUUUUGUCUUGUUAUUUCCUGGGGGGGAUUCUCGUUCUGCUGUGGUAGAUUUUUAGUCGACA